AUGGCCGCCGCUUACGAUAGACUUGCGGAGCUGAAGGCGUUCGACGAAACGAAAGCCGGUGUCAAAGGCCUGGCGGACGCCGGGAUCACAGAGCUCCCUCGUUUCUUCCACGCGCCGCCGCAUCUUCUCCACGGCAGCCCUGCAGCUCCAGCUGACGAUCCGAGCUUCGUUUUCCCAAUCAUCGACCUGGACGGCGCGUGGGAAGAUCCCGACAAGCGGAAUCGGAUUGUUGGGGAAAUCAGGGAGGCGUUUUUUGAGCUGGAUGUCGAGCAGAAGAAGGAAUACUUCGGCCGUGACAUGACCAAAAAAGUCGUCUACAACACCAACUUCGAUCUCUACAGUUCACCGGCGGCUAACUGGCGGGACACCAUCCUCUUCCACAUGGCACCAAACCCACCGGAGCCGGAGCAACUGCCCACCUGCUGCAGGGAGAUCGUGACAGAGUUCUCCAAAGAGAUGCUGAAUCUCGGAGAUUUGCUUUUCCAGUUAUUAUCCGAGGCCCUGGGUCUGCGGUCGAACCACUUGAAAGAAAUCGGUUGCUUGGAGGGAAUGGACACGGCUUACAAUUACUACCCGGUUUGCCCCGAGCCAGAACUCACUUUGGGAGCAACCCAACAUACAGAUACAGGAUUUAUUACGGUGCUCGCGCAGGAUGACAUUGGAGGCCUCCAAGUUCUUCACCGAAAUUGUUGGGUCGAUGUGCCUCCAAUGUCCCAAGGCGCGGAGCCAAGAGUCUCUGCCAUAUCCUUUUUCGGGAUUGGGUACACGUUGAACGCGAGGUUAUAUGGACCUGUAGAAGAAUUGUUAUCUGAAGACAAUCCUCCGAAAUAUAAGAAGACCACGAUUAAAGAUCUGGUUGCUCAUGCAUACAAGCAAGGUCUUGAUGGGACCUCUUUUCUGCAACAUCUGAAGCUUAUGGAUUAA